CAAAUCAGCAGGGACUGCACAUUUAUUAUGUACGCACGUGCAUGCACGCGAAUCGACUGCCGGGUGUAGGGCUGGCCGGCGUGUUGUUUAUGUAUAGGGAGUACAUCCGACAUGGAAUCGUCGGGAGCAUCGUCGAUGGUUAGGCGGGAGGCAAGGAGGCAGCCAAUCGGAGACACUCCAGCGAUCCAGCUCGCCGCCGGCCGAUGGUGGUGCCUUGCCGCAAUCGACGCAACCGUAAAUCGACUUCUGCCCACCACAUCGAGGCAUGUAUCGCCCUCAUCUCGCGCCAUCACCUCUACUUCAUUUCCCUCCUUGCUGGGAUGUGGCCGGUCGAUUGUGUGGAUUGCACCGCUCCAUCUCGCCGGCGGUGCGCGAUCGACGCGCCGCGGUGUGCCGGUAUCCCGGAGCGCGCAGGGCGCAGGGGCAACGUGCAGCACAGCCUUACGGCAGGCAAAGCGAUGUCGCCCUGCGUGUAGGACAGUGGCGAGCAUGAGGUUUCAGCAGUUUGAGGUGUGUUGUGCAUCGUCGAUGCCACUGGUUGGCCUCACGCAAAUUGUAUGGCGAGGGAAGGCCAAGAGGAUCCGAACGGGCCCAGGCCCGAGUCCGGCAGAGUUUCGGGGCUUCCCGCCGGCCCCCGAUCUGGGCCUCGACUUCCACCCAUCGAGCCCGUCGUGCAGAUCUAGAGCGACACGCUGCGAUCGAUGCAAAACCCGGCGGCCCCUCCAUACGUCGUGCGCUUCUGCCGCGCUGACGAACGGGUGAUGGAUGGAAACCCAUCCUCGAUCCUCCCCUCCCAGACGUCGAUGGGCGUGCUGGUCCGUCAUCCUUGCGGCAUGAUGGAAACGUGACUCUGGCAUCCACACUCCCUCACUCAAUCUGUCCCAUC